ACUCUUGAACCACGCCCCCUGUCCUGAACACUUCCUUGUUUUUUAACCACAGCAGCCUUCACUGCUCCAGAGUCAGCUCAUUUCGAACAUUUUACAGAUCCUUUCUGAGCUCAGCUCAACUGUUGAAGACCAGACCAGACCUUGGUUCAGCGAUUUUGGCAUCCGGGUUCCCCUCGUGACUGUCAGCUGAGAGGAUAUUAAAAACUUUUGAGCUCCAUCGUCCGACAGCAACAGUUCAUUCAUCACUGUUUUAUAACUUUAUCUGAGCGAUUUAAAAGGGAGAAAUGUCCACAAACCCACCAAAAUUAAGCAUCGGGAUUGCUGCCAGUGACAGGUGAGAAACAGUCAAGUCAGCUGAUUGUUUGUGCUUUAAUACACAUUUCUUGCACAAUCUGUUCCUGAUCCAGACUUUUCUUCUAUCUUAUUUUUACAGACUGCAGAACCUAAAAAAUGCGUUUGAAUCAAAGUUUGGAGAAUCUCCUCUCUUCUAUGCAUGUGCACCUGGUCGGGUAAAUCUGAUAGGUAAGUUAAUGUUGACCUGGCCUGUUAUUUAUGGCACAUUUUGCUAUUUUAAUUUGUUGCCUGGUAUGAUUACAUAAACUUCUUCUUACAAGGUUAUGUUUUGAAGGUAAUAAACUUAGUGUUCGGUUGGUGAUUGCUGUCAGAAAAUCAUGAAGUUUCAUCUUGAGUGGGUUGCAUGUCCCUCAUCACAAAUGUCUCAUUUCCAACAGGAGAGCAUAUUGAUUACUGUGGCUAUUCUGUCCUUCCGAUGGCUAUCGAGCAAAACAUUCUUGCUGCUGUGUCUGUGAACAAUUCAGGCACCAUCACACUGACCAACAUGAAUCCCCUUUACAAGUAAGACCCAUACUUCGGUUGUCCUUGUGUAAUCCUGUUAGGAUCAUAAAACCCUCACAUUAUCAUUAUAUUUGUAUUUUGUUGUAGGGAUUUCACUGUGUCAUCUUCAGGAGACAUUGCCAUCGACAGAGAGAAUCCAAAGUGGCACUACUAUUUUCUCUGUGGGGUCAAAGGUAUCCAGGUAAGAUUUGAAGUUUGUUCUGCUUCAUGCUCGUAAAAUGGGUCAAAUUUUUUGUGUAAUAUUCAAAAACAUUGAUGCACUCACUGAACAAUGUUAACCUGUCCUCUGUGUUUUCUCACAGGAGAAGUUUGAGAUCGCUCAUUUAGCCGGGAUGUCUUGUGUUGUAGAUGGAACCAUCCCUCCCAGCUCGGGUCUGUCCAGUUCUAGUGCUUUAGUUUGUUGUGCAGGGCUCGUAACAAUGGAGGCAAAUAAAAAGUCCCUCUCUAAGGUAAGCAUUUUAUUUUAACUAUGAUAAAAGAACAAGUGAAUUAAGUGCAUUGUAGUAAGCAAACUUAGAAAAAGAUUUACUGAAAAUAUCAAAUCAUCCAUACUCGAUGCAGAUGUGAUUUAUUUCAUGUGCCUUAGUCCUUUUUUCCUAUUUCACUGAUUCUCCAGGUGGCCCUGGCAGAAAUAUGCGCCAAAUGUGAGCGCUAUAUUGGUACAGAGGGAGGAGGCAUGGACCAAUCCAUUUCAUUCCUGGCAGAGAAAGGGACUGUAGGUAGCACUUCUGUCUGCAUGUCAAGUAAAACAGGUUGCACAAGUUGAUUCAACACACGUUUUCAUCCAAACUAUUAGAUCCUUAAGUAAAUAUCAAAGGAAAGCAGAAAUUAAGAUUUUUUUUACCUGUUUGGUCUGUAUUUCUAAAGUGUGACCAAAAUGAUGCACUCUAUAGUUUUUUUGUAGCCAACAGUUAACACUUGUGUUGUGUAUUAUUUUUAUAAUUGUGUGUCAGGCAAAGCUGAUAGAGUUUCAGCCUCUGCGAGCCACAGAUGUCAAGUUACCGGAUGGAGCUGUGUUUGUGAUCUCUAACUGCUGCGUGGAGAUGAACAAAGCUGCUUCUUCUCACUACAAUAUCCGUGUGGUGGAGUGUCGCAUUGCCACAAAGGUAUAAGGAUGCUAUCUAGACGUUUCCAACCUGAUUCAAAGACAGGGGCGUCACUUUUGAAACAAGGAAAUAUCUUACCAAUUCACAUUUAUUACCACAUUUAUUAUAUGUGAGUGAAGAGAGUAGUCUGCCAUCUGACUGCAAUUAAAAACGUCUUCGUGAUUGUGAACUCAGAUGCUUGCCAAGGCACGAGGUCUGGACUCGAGCAGGUUGUUAAAGCUGGCUCAGGUUCAGAUGGAGCUGAAGGCCUCCCUGGAGGAGAUGUUGGCUCUGGUGGAUGAGGUGUUACAUCCUGAGGCAUACAGCCGAGAGGAGAUCUGCAAGGUUCUGGGUGUCACCUCGGAGCAGUUUUCCACAGAGCUGCUGAGUGCAAAUACUCAGCAUGGUGAGCAACAGGACACAGCCACACCUGUCGUAUGUCUAAGUGUACAUGUCAGAAAAUAACACAAGUAAAAAAACACACUGUGAAGCUGCUAAUUAGUGCGAUGAAAGGUUAGAUAAUGGUAAUUUAAAUAACAGAUUUGUUUGUAGUACAUUAAAAGAUGUUUAAAUCUCAAAUAUAAAAAAUCAUUUUAUGAGGACUUUUUUAGUUUCUAACUUUAUAUGAUGGUAGAUUUGAACUUUUUAUGCUUUAAGACUGAUUUUUGCAUUAAAAAGCACAUCUGACGAAUGCUUUUUCUCUUAGUGAAACAUUUUAAGCUGCACCAGAGGGCCAAGCAUGUGUACAGUGAGGCUGCACGGGUGCUGCGGUUUAAGAGUGUGUGCGACUCUGAACCUGCUGAAUCUGUGCAGCUGUUGGGAGACCUGAUGAACCAGAGCCAUGCAAGCUGCAGAGAUCUGUACGAGUGCAGCUGUCCUGAACUGGAUCAACUAGUAGACAUCUGUCUGUAAGUAUAAAAAAGGUUUCACCUGUGUAACUGCUUUAAGAGAAGAAGAAAGAGCCAAGUGGGGAGUGGACCUGUGAAAACAACACUACUGUUUAUAUAUCACCUUUAAGACCUUUGAUUUUUUUCCUUCUUGGUUACAGGGAGUCAGGGGCUGUGGGAUCCCGGCUGACAGGAGCAGGUUGGGGUGGCUGUGCGGUCUCCAUGGUUCCCUGUGAGAAGGUGGAGUCUUUCAUUCAGGCAGUGAGGGAGGCUUACUACCUUCCUGAUCCACGAAGAGCAUCCAUGGAGAAACAGAGUCUGUUUGUGUCAAAGCCAGGUGGAGGGGCUACGAUUUUACUCGAGGAGUGAUGUUCAGAUCAAUAAAUGAUUAUUUGCACAUUUGUACUUGAGGUAGAAGGAACUACGAGAGAUGAAGUUAUCUAAAAGGAAACUAUCUUUUUUCUUUUCUGUUUGUAGAUUAUAAUGACCAAAUAUUAUUCACAGAACAGGGAUGAAAUGGUCCAUUAAAGGGAAGACUUUUGUGUUUUUUAAAAUCAUGGAUGUGGGGCUUUUUUACUAAUUAUGUUUAUCAAUGUAACCAUCUCACAGAAAUACACAACAACAGAUACAACAAAUUCAAGUUUAAUUUCUGCAGCUGCAAAACAUGCAUCCAUCCUUUUAUCAACAUAUUACACAUAAGUUGCACAAUGUGCCACAUAAUGUUUACAACGUGCAUACAACAGUGUUUACAAAAAAAGUGAAAAAAUGAAGGAUUGAAUGUACAUUAAAAAGUCUUUGGAAAGGCAUGUUGGUUUGUGUUGUGAUGAAGGUUUAUGAGCAGCAGGAAAGUCGAGACAAGGAGUCCUGACUGUGAGGUGACUGAGGUCAGAGGAUCAGUUUAAAGGUCAUUAAAUAGCAGUAAUAAUGGAGGCUCAGAGGUGUAAGGCACAAGUUUCUGUACUGUACUUUACUAGGGGACCUUUUUUUCAUCAGUCCUGGAAUUCCUCUAGAUCAAUAAAUCACAUCCUCUAAUAAAAUCAUAUUUUAGA